UGUUGACCUAUGCUUCAGAAAAGUUAAAAAUCUAAAAGAACGUUCAAUUCUACAUAAAAAGUGUACUUUUGUUUAGGUCACCUAACUUUAUCGGUUUCUGAGUUAUUUGCAUUUAAAAGUUUCAAUGUAUUUUGUGGUGAUUUUCUUUCAAGCGUCGAUAUUGCUAUUUCUUUUCUAAGUAGGCUUGUGUCAAAUUUUCAUGUCAAUAAAUAUUAGCGUAUUUUGCAUGCGUGUGAUUUUAUUAUUCGUUCAAAAUUGUUAGUUAGUGCUCAAAAAAUGCCACGACAUAAUAAUUUUUCAAACAGUGAGAUGCGUGAUAUGAUUUGUGUUUUUGCCCAGGCUAAUUUUAAUGGACAUGCGGCGGCCCGAAGAUAUGAACACAUGUACCCAAAUAGAUUGCAACCUAAUUAUAAACUAUUUAGAAAUCUUUACAACCGCUUAGGCGAAUCUGGAUCUUUUCGACCAAAAAGUAACCAUGGUACUCCAAAAUCGAUCACAGUCGAUGAAGAAGAGGAAAUUUUAAUUCGUGUUUCAGAAAACUCCGGUAUGAGUACUCGUCGGUUAAGUGCGGCAACGGGGGUAAGCCAAUCGUCCAUUUGUAGAAUUUUGAAAAAAGAAAUGCUCCAUCCAUAUCAUUAUACUCCGGUUCAGCAGUUAUUGCCUCAAGAUUUACCAGCUCGCCUACAAUUUGCUCAGUUUGUACAAAAUAUGCAAAUGGAAAACCCAGAUUUCCUCAAUAGGAUUCUAUUUACCGAUGAGGCGACAUUUACUAGACGGGGAGUUUUCAAUUGGAAGAACAAUCAUUUGUGGGAUUCCGAAAAUCCGCAUGCUGUAAAAGAAAAACAUUUUCAGCAUGAGUUUAAGGUGAAUAUUUGGUGUGGUUUAAUUUCUGGGAAGGACUUUAACAUUUUGGAUAUGUCAGUGCCAUCGGGGCCGUAUUAA